GCCACACUACACCCUAAACACCAUCAAAGCACUGUAAGCUAUGUGUGAUGUUAGUGCGUCUGUAGCGUCCUGCCCUAGGAAAGAGCAUGGCUCAGUCGUUACUCCUAGUCAAUGUUUUCCUCUUCUUCUUAGCGGUGCUGCUCCUUUAUCAUUUUAGUAAUAUCUUCAGAUACUACUUUAGGAUCUGCUUUUUGAAAGGCUGGAUACUUGUGUGGUCCUUUUAUCUGCUCCCGGUCCUAGCUCUCCGUGGAAGGAAUGUGGCAAAUAUAAGAAUUCUGCGUUUCAUCAUGCUACCCUUGAAACUCCUUUAUGGCAUUAAGAUCAACGUGCAGGGAGCUACAAACUUAAACCUGAAAGGGCCUUAUGUCGUCAUCUCUAAUCUGCAGUGCUCCAUGGACUUGCUUGGGAUUUUUCAAAUCUUGCCCAAGCAAUGUACCCUGUUCGUCAAUAAAGAAGUCCUGUAUAUGCUUACUGUUGGUGUUGUCCUGUGGCUGAGUGGUUUCAUUUUCAUUGACCAUAAAAAGGAAGCCGAAGCUGUUGAGAUAAUAUCAGCAACUGUAGACACCAUGCUCCGGGACCAUCUGAGAAUAUGGGUGUUUUCUGAAAGCCACAGAACGGGUGAAUCCACCUUGGAGCCCUUGCAAAGAGAGGCCGUCCAUCUCGCAGUGAAGGCGCAGGUGCCAAUCAUUCCUGUGGUGAUGUCCUCCUACAAACCAUUUUUCGACAUGAAGACUAACAAAUUCACAUCUGGGAACAUCACCAUCCAGAUUCUUCCUCCAGUGAAGACCAAAGGAUUGGGCCUGGGUGAUAUCCCAGACUUAACAGACCGUAUGUGGGGGGCCAUCCUAUCCAACUUCCAUGACAUCUCAGCAGAGCCUGGGAAACAAGCAAGCAUGGUCAAAGAAGAACACCAGACAAGCCCCCAAUUACUAAGGGACUAGUUCAAUUCCACCCCCCUCUUCAUUGUUUCUUCUUGGGCUUUUUGUGGAUCUACCCAUUUAUGGGUGGCCGUCUUGUGUGUCUUAACCUGUGACCUGGACUUCUUGUGAGAAGAGUGCAAUUUCCUUUGGGAGAAAGCCGAGAGAUCCUUCAGCAGCCCGUAAAAGUGGCUCUCCUCUUCGUUUGGACUCGAGUCCUGCUUCUUUUUCCCAUACACUUUAAAGGAUGGAAAACUAAAAUCAAAGGGAGCUCCAUUUGCAGCGCAAACCUGAGUAGGCCGGCUGUGGUUCCCAAAACAGGCUUCUUGGCUACGUUACUUCUAGAGCUAGAACUGGGGCCAGAACUGGGGAAGGCAGCAGGCAUUGUGAGGCGAGCGCCCGUUGCCACAGCAACCGGCAUCUCCGCUACAAAAGGGACAGCUCGGCCUGAGCCAGAGACAGCUGGUUGGGAGGAAGAAUUCACAAUCUGAUUGUGAGGCCGAACACGUGCCUCACAAAUCCUCCCGAAGGCUGGAGCGGAGGUCUGUCUCCUUAACGUGGCCUCAGAGAUCUCAGCAUUUUUUGCACACAGGUAAAUAUGGCACAGGAGGACCAUUUCAUCGGAUGCUUCCCUGACUUGCUUUGGCCCAUGCAAUGGGUUGUGGGAGGCCCAGUCUUACAUUAAACCGGGACAUUGCUUUAAAUCAUCAUGUCAUGGGGUUGAUCGCUUUUAGGGAAUGGCCAAAUUUGUCAGUGUGGCCAUUGUUUUCUGUUAACUCAGUUUAGUGAGUUGUGUGAAUGCAGCCAGGGGUGGUGGGACUGCAGGGUAAUGCAUCUGAGUUUUCCAGGGAUAGUACAUGUUGGUGGGAAAGAAAGUUUGAGGGAACUUUAUCAAUUAACCCUGCCUUAUUGUGGCUUUCCCAAUAGAAGACCAGAUCCUGCAGCAAAACUAACUAUUCUUUUUUUGCCUAGGUAGUCUAAAAUAAGUGUCAUAUAUUAUGGAAUAUUAUAUAUUUACUUUGAAUAUUGGCAUGCUGCCACAAUUAUAUCUCUCUAACCAGUUUACAAAUCAAUUCAUGAAAAAUAUGGGUGCUGUAAAAAAAAUCAGUAAAAUUUAAUCAGAUAAGAAACAAAGGGUAUAUCCUUUGUUUGGAUAAUCAUAUCCAAAGACUUAUCUAAAAAGGUUGUUUCCAUCAUUUUCUGAAAGGGGAGCAAAAUGGGAUCUACCCAGAUCUUUGCUGGUGGGUGGAAAGCAUAUUCUAAAGUGUGGAGCAUAACAGAAGCAUUGUUUCCAGGUUCUGCCCUCUUCCAUGGACACUCAAGGCUUCUUCCAUAUGUUUUGCUUGUCCAGACAGUUUAUAAUAAACUCACGUGACUUUCA